UCGGCCACUCAAAGGAGCUCGUCGACCACUCGACGUCCGAGGAGCGCCCACCAUGCUUCGAAUCGUACUUGUCGUGCUGGCCGCCAGCGUUGCGUUGGCAGGGAACAAUCUCAACGACCAGGUGAACAAGUACAUCCUUCCCGACCGAUGUCGCGCGGGGCUCCAAGAGCAGCUCAACCUCGAACUGCACGCUAGCUUGGUCUACAUGCAGAUGGCCGCACAUCUGGCCAACAACAAGGUGGCCCGAGGAGGGUUCGCCCGCUUCUUUCGAGACCAGUCCAGCGAAGAGCGCGAGCAUGCACAAAAGAUCAUCGACUACUUGAACCUUCGCGGUGGCACCGUGUCCGCCGUGAAUGUCGACAUGCCGCCUACGGCCAUCUGGAUGAGCGUGCUGGACGCGCUGCAGGCAGCCCUCGCCCUCGAGCACCGGGUCACCAAUCGGCUGUACGAGCUGCACCGGCUCGCUGAGGAAUACGACGCGCAGAUGGCGGAUUUCUUGGAGCAGGAGUUUCUCGCCGAGCAAGUACGAUCCAUCGAUCAGCUGCAGCGGCUCAUCACGCAGCUGCAAAAUAUGGAGACAGGCCUGGGCGAGUUCCUUCUCGACCAGCAACUGCGAGCCUAACAGCUCCUCUUUGAAAAAAAUUGUCCUUUUUUCUUCAGCGCUCAUGUACUGGUCACGUAAAUAUCCGUGUUGAAAUAUCCCCAGGUCGAGACGUGUAAUAAAAUAGUUCUCAUUACCUU